GAUGCUGGGGAGCCGGGCGGGCGCGCUGGCCGCCGGGGGGUUACUUCUUGUUGUUCUCCAAGUCCAAGCCGGAGCGCCAGGCGGAGGCGGCGGCCUCGGGGCAGCGCGAGAGUGAGCGCGAGCGCGAGGAGAGCGCGUGCCCGCGAGGAGCCGCUGCGCGCGCCCGCGCCACUCCUUGACGCCAGUUACACUUUCCAAACAGUUCUGUCCUGGUGACUGUGCCCAGGUUAUGACGACUAAUCCCAAACCGAACAAGGCAUUAAAGGUUAAGAAGGAGGCGGGUGAGAACGCCCCAGUGCUCAGUGAUGAUGAGCUGGUGUCCAUGUCGGUGCGGGAGCUGAACCAGCACCUGCGGGGCCUCACCAAGGAGGAGGUGACCCGACUAAAGCAGCGCCGGCGCACACUCAAGAACCGUGGCUACGCAGCCAGCUGCCGGAUCAAACGGGUGACGCAGAAGGAGGAGCUAGAGCGGCAGCGUGUGGAGCUGCAGCAGGAGGUGGAGAAGCUGGCACGUGAGAAUAGCAGCAUGCGGUUGGAGCUGGACGCGUUGCGCUCCAAGUACGAGGCCCUGCAGACCUUUGCCCGCACUGUGGCCCGCGGGCCCGUUGCACCCACUAAGGUGGCCACCACCAGCGUCAUCACCAUUGUCAAGUCUGCAGAGCUCUCCUCCUCCGUGCCCUUCUCUGCUGCAUCCUAGUGCCUGCUGGGGCCACGUGGGGGGCUAUGGGCAGGGGGCCUCCUGCGUGCCUGUCAAAGGGUCUCUGGGACCCAGACUCUCAAUAUCCAAGUUAAAGUGCACUCUGCCUCCCAGACCUCGGCAGCAGGCAUCAGGACGAGAUUGUAGGUGCAGGAUGGGAGCAGGCUCUGGGGCACCAUACCACAUGCCACCCACGCUCAACGUGUGCACACACACUCACACAUCCUGCCCUUUCUCCCCAGUAUGUGUAUCUGGUUUUGGGAAUUGGUAUCUUACACCUGAGGGAGUCAGGAUGUAGAGCAGGAAAAUCCCAGGGAGGUCUUGCUGUCCAUUUCCAGGGCUACUGUAAGCAAGAGCUGCCCCUGCAGCCUGGGGGGUGGGGGUGGAGGCUUGUCUUCCACCCCUUUUAGGGGCAGAUGCCAGCUACUGCAGGAGCCCCUGGCUACCCUGAUAGGGCUCAGGAUGCUCUGAGGAGGGGAGUGGAUGGAAGGCAGUUGGCAGCUUGGUCUUCCUGCUUCAGCCCUGAGCAUGCAGCCCGUGCCACGUGGCCACAGAUGUGGGGAAGGCUGCCUAUGUAGGCUGGUGUGUGUGUGCGUGCAGGUCUGCCUGCCCUCACAGCACGUGUGCCAGCAGCUCACUGGCCUUGGAGGAGUAGCUCAUUGGUGGUCAUGUGGGGAGGGCCCAUCAGUAUGUGGGGCAGGGAGAGGCAUGUGUAUGUUGAGGUUUGUCCAUGUUCCCGUGUUGCCUAUCAAGGUGCAGUCACCACCACCUGUGGGGAGCCACCCCACUCAGUCACAAUCCCAUGGGCCAUUCCCAGGUCUCAGUACAUACUGGCAGGGUGUCCCAUCAGGUCUUGUGCCCCUGGAGCUGCCUUUUAGUAGCGGUGGUUGGCACAAGGGAGAGUGUGGAGGUCUUUCUGGGGCCUGGAGAGGAGGGCUGCUGUGGUCCAAGCAGGGGCUGCAGCCUAAGUGGUAUGGUGGAGGUGGGGGGAGGAUGUUCUGUGCGGAGUAGGGAGGAGGCAGGAGCAGUGCCCAGGAUGUGUGGCGGGUCAGAGGCUUGAUGGGAGGGGAGGGGCCAGUCAGACACCAGGAAAGCCACAUGGACAUGCCCCCGUGUCUAGGCUGUGUAGGAGUGCCUGUCAGCUGCAGCAUGAAGGUGGCCUGGUGACCUUGCUCUUGCUUCCCAAAGCUGGGAGCUGCUGUGGUCUUGCCUGUCCUUUUUGGGCUUCUUCCUCCUAGAGAGCUGCACAGGGGCUCUUCCUAUGGCUUGGCCUCAGCAUGGGAGUGGGUGCUGGUCCUGAGGCCCCCACCUGUUGUGAACUGCCAAGACUCAAGCCCCAGCUGCUGGCCAGCAGCCACCACAUAGAAAAAGCAGAAGUGUUGCCCAGGGCUCCAUCUCCUGGUUCCUUGUGGCUGGUCCUACCUACCCAGUAAGACCCCCAGCAAGCUGUACAGCCCCCUGAGAGGUGUGAGCCCAGCAGGAGGAGGGGGAGGACGGGCAGCCCGAGGGCUGCGACAUGGUUCUAUUUGCUGUUCUAAGUGACAAGGAAGCUAUAGGCCCAGCCAGCGCCAGGGCAUAUGACCCUGACGUCUCAAAAGGCCCAGGUGUUAGAUAAAAGCUGUUGAUGCCAUAACCAUGGUAGGUAAUCCAUAUUGGAUAUCGAUAAGGACCAUGGGGAAUAUUUAAAGAGAGAAAGAGAAAUAUAUAUAUAUAAAAAUUAUAUACACAUUUUAUCGUACAGAUUUUUCGUAGGAAUUUUCCUUUUCCAGUUUGAUACUGUAAAUGUUUAUUAGUGCAGAGCCGCGUUGGACUGUUGGGAAUGGGAGCAGGUCGCCCUCCCUCCUGGCUUCCUGCUGCUCAUGGCUGGGAGGAAGGAGGCCCAGGCUGCCUGCUGUCUCCUCCUGUCCUGCUGGUUGCACUGGGCCAGCUGGGGCUAGGAACAAGGCCCAGCCCCACCCCAGUAGGUGUCCUUAGAGCUGGGUUCCUCAUGGUUCAGAGGAAGGAGGCCCAGGCUAUCUGCUGUCUCCUCCUGUCCUCUGCACUGGGCCAGCUGGGGCUAGGAACAAGGCCCGGCCCCACCCCAGUAGGUGUCCUAAGAGCUGGGUUCCCCCCCAGCUCAGGCCACAGUGGGUGGCAGGUUCCCACCAGUGUUGGGGUUCUUGAUGUCCCUGUCUUGGAUGUGGGCAGGUAGGUGACUAUCAGCCAUGGGCUAGAAGGGGGACACCUCACCCUUGGAUUCCAGGAUGGAUAGAGAUGUUGUUGCCACUUAGGGUGGGGGGAGCCUCUGCCCAGGCCCUGCCUGCUAAGAGCAGGGCCAGGAAGGAUGGUGCAUUCUGCUUUUCUUUUCCAGUCAUUGAGAUUUCAUUGUUGUGAUUUAAUAUAUGGAUUUUUUUUUUUUUUUAAUUUAAGAAAAAAGACAAGGUUCUCUUUGUCGUAUGGGUUGUUUUUUGUCUCUGUGCCUCAGACUUUCUGAAGAAGGCAGGUCUUGGCUUUUUCCAAAGGGACCCUCCAUUUGUCACCUUUUCACACCAGUUUAUCCUGCCUCUGUGGUUCUCAGCAGUUUCAUUUCAAUAUUUAUUUUUGUGCUGCCUUUAUGUGAUAUAAAUUAUUGAGGAGAGAUCACAUGUGUGGACCCUCACCUGGCACAGCCCUCACUUGCAGUCAUACCCUGUCCCUGUACCAUGGCUGCCACCUAAUUUACUGCUGUAUAUCUUGCUGCUGUGACUGCUUUUGUACCUUUGCAAUAAAGAAUUUUCUGGUUUCAGA